AUAACGAGACGCUGCGAUACGCUUCUUCUUCUUUUUUCUUCUUCCCUUCACAGAAACAAAUCGCUAAUCCUCCUUUCAAUUUCUCUUGACGGAAGACAGCUGCAACAGUAGAAGAGGGGAAAAAUCUAGCAGAAAAAAUGGUUUUGGUUGAUGAUGGUGAUGAUAUAAUGGAAAGGAUCUGUACAAUCUGCUCUGCUGCUUCUUCCUCCUCGUCCUCUCGAUUCGUCGAUACUUUUCCCAAAAGGGUUUUGAUGGAGGGGAGAUAUUGUGGGGAUUGAUAAAUUUGUGAAGGUGUUUGUGAGGUUCUUCUCUUGAAUUGGUUUCAAUUUGGGUGUGAAUAUAUAUUCAACCGCACAGCAGCGACGAAAUCCACCAAGAAAAUGAGCUGAAGUAUGGGAGAUUCUCUUCUCACAGCUUUGUCAAUGGAGAAUCAUCACCCAUCCACCCUCUUGUCAAUGGAUUCCAGUGCCUCCUCUCACGAAGAAUUGGAUUUAGAGAUGAAUCGUCAAAUCGUACUUUCCCGUCCACCUGAUAUCAAUUUACCCCUGUCAGCCGAGCGUAGUCCACCGCCACAGUCAUGGAAUUCUGACCCAUGUGAUAUUUUAGAUGUUGGACUUGGUCAGCAGGUUUAUGAGACUGAGAGUCUCCUUAAUAUCCCCAAAGUUGGAAGGAAAUGUGCCAAGCGGGUCGAUAGUAUUUGGGGUGCUUGGUUUUUCUUUAGUUUCUACUUUAAACCUGCUCUGAAUGAGAAAUCUAAGGCAAAGAUUAUUCGGGACAGCAAUGGAUUUUCUGGAUUUGACAAAUCUGAUCUGAAGCUUGAUGUUUUUAUGGUUCAGCAUGACAUGGAGAACAUGUACAUGUGGGUUUUUAAGGACAGGCCUGAGAAUGCAUUGGGUAAGAUGCAGCUGAGGAGCUACAUGAAUGGGCAUUCUCGUCAAGGGGAGCGCCUCUUUCCAUUUAGUGUGGAUAAGGGUUUUGUACGAUCACAUAGAAUGCAGCGGAAGCAUUAUAGGGGACUGUCAAAUCCUCAGUGUGUGCAUGGGAUUGAAGUUGUUCCCUCACCCAAUCUCAUGGGUCUUGAUGAGGAUGAGAAGAAAAGGUGGAUGGAACUCACAGGUAGAGAUUUGAACUUCACAAUCCCAUCUGAAGCUAGUGAUUUCAGUUCUUGGAGAAACCUUCCAAAUACAGAUUUUGAGCUUGAGAGGCCUCCUGCUCCUAUAAAGAGUGCCUCUAAUUCCCACUCAAAGAAGCUACUUAAUGGUUCUGGGCUCAAUUUGUCAACUCAGCCAUCCAGCCAUAGCAAUGGUGAUGUGAUGGACCUAUCGCCUGUUAGCAGCAAAAGGAGGAAGGACUUUUUCUCACAUGGAAGGGAUGAUGAUUGUUAUUUGGCUGUUAAUCCUCCCUCUGAUCGGAUGGCAGUUAUAGAACUUAACCCGACUGAGCCACAGUGGUUGCAGGAUUUUAGUGGUGUGAUGAAGAAUGUUUAUGGGCCAGUGACAGCAGCAAAAACGAUCUACGAGGAUGAAGAAGGUUACUUGAUUAUUAUCAGUUUGCCCUUUGUGGAUCUGCAGAGGGUGAAGGUUACUUGGAGAAAUACACUUACUCAUGGUAUAAUUAAGGUAUCUGGUGUGAGCACAUCUCGCAUGCCAUUCAUCAAGAGAAAUGAUAGGACGUUCAAGCUCACAGAUCCAGCUUCUGAGCAUUGCCCACCAGGGGAGUUUGUUAGGGAAAUCCCUCUUUCAACUAGAAUUCCCGAGGAUGCUAACAUAGAAGCGUAUUACGAUGGGCCAGGAUCUGCACUUGAGAUUCUAGUGCCAAAACUUCGUGAGGGACCAGAAGAACAUGAGGUUCGUGUUUGCUUUCAUCCUCACCUCGGAGGCAAUGAUCUUAUGUUAACUUAGGUGAUUAUUGAGAACUGUAAGGGACUAAGGAUGGUUUGCAGUAGUUGGCGCUUCAUUGUUUAACUAACCAUGUACCAUACAGUGUAAUUAUAUGAAACCAAACCUCAGCUCUGUCUUUUGCAAUUUUUGGUCA